AUGGACGUUUUUGCACCUCUCCGCGGGCUUGGUGUUGGCGCAGCUCAAUCCAGGGCAGCUAUCACACAAGACCAGAUUGCUGUCUUGCGAGGUGUCGCGUCUGCACCGGUGAAGCCUGAUGUUGCCAGCAAGUUUAUGAGAGCUCUGAGAGAUCAAUACAUAGAUGGUCAAAAGGGCUCCGUGGACAAAUUCAUGACCCGCCGCGGGCCAGACGAAGAGGGUGAUGAUGGAAACCUUUACGAAGGCAGCUACUUGCUGAGCACCGAUGAGCAGAGAUUGCUCAAGCCCUUCAUUCAGCGCAUGGAAGAGGCGCAGGACAAGCAGAAAGAGUACAAAGAAAUCGAACAUCGAUGGAAUGUGAAAGCUGCCGAAGACGAGCAAGAAGACCAAGGCUUUUUGGCAGGUAUCUUUGGCGAGAGCAAAGAGAAGGCCGAGGAGACUCCGGGCCAAAGCGCAGCUCCGCCGCAGGUGACGCCGGCACCUCAAGGAAAGCCCAAGCCGAAGCCAAAGGCCAAUCCCCAGAAAGAUCAAAAAGCUGGAAGCGAUGACAGCAAUUGA